UUAAAUAAGAGGGUCUGCAUUUCAUUUCAAUUUCAAUUUCAAUUUCAGACCAAAGAGGAAAAGCACAGAGACAGUCCACAUAAUCUCUUAGGAGAGUCUCUCGGAGAGAAUCACCAAAGAAUUUGACACCCAUUUCCGGUAAUCCUCAAAGAUAACAAUAAGCGAUGGCAGAAGCAGAGGAUAUCCAGCCACUCGUUUGCGACAAUGGAACCGGAAUGGUCAAGGCUGGAUUUGCUGGUGAUGAUGCUCCAAGAGCUGUCUUCCCUAGUAUAGUGGGGCGCCCUCGUCACACUGGGGUGAUGGUUGGGAUGGGCCAAAAGGAUGCCUAUGUGGGUGACGAGGCUCAAUCCAAGAGAGGUAUUUUGACACUGAAAUACCCAAUUGAGCAUGGAAUUGUCAGCAACUGGGAUGAUAUGGAGAAGAUUUGGCAUCAUACCUUCUACAACGAGCUUCGUGUUGCACCAGAAGAGCACCCAAUCCUCUUGACUGAGGCCCCUCUCAACCCAAAGGCCAAUCGUGAAAAGAUGACCCAGAUCAUGUUUGAGACCUUCAACACUCCUGCUAUGUAUGUUGCCAUUCAGGCUGUUCUCUCCCUUUAUGCCAGCGGUCGUACAACUGGUAUUGUUCUGGACUCUGGGGAUGGUGUCAGCCACACAGUUCCGAUCUACGAAGGUUAUGCUCUCCCCCACGCAAUCCUGCGUCUUGAUUUGGCUGGACGUGAUCUCACCGACAGCCUAAUGAAGAUCCUCACAGAACGUGGUUACAUGUUCACGACUACAGCAGAGCGGGAAAUUGUUAGGGACAUUAAGGAGAAACUUGCCUACAUUGCUCUCGACUAUGAACAAGAGCUCGAGACUGCAAAGACGAGCUCUGCUGUGGAGAAGAACUACGAACUGCCUGAUGGACAGGUGAUCACCAUCGGAGCAGAAAGGUUCAGAUGCCCCGAGGUCCUCUUCCAGCCUUCAAUGAUUGGAAUGGAAGCUGCUGGUAUUCAUGAAACCACGUACAACUCCAUUAUGAAGUGUGAUGUUGAUAUCAGGAAGGAUCUGUAUGGAAACAUCGUCCUCAGUGGUGGCUCCACCAUGUUCCCGGGCAUUGCUGACCGUAUGAGCAAGGAGAUCACAGCCCUUGCCCCGAGCAGCAUGAAGAUCAAGGUGGUGGCUCCACCAGAGAGGAAGUACAGUGUCUGGAUUGGAGGGUCCAUCCUGGCAUCUCUCAGCACCUUCCAGCAGAUGUGGAUUGCCAAAGCAGAAUAUGACGAGUCUGGCCCUUCAAUUGUUCACAGAAAAUGCUUCUAAACAUCGGACUCAAGGUUUGCUGACUCAUGGUUAUACAUGAUAUGAUUUGCGUAUGGCUCUCUUUGCUUCGUUCACGUUGUGAUUUAUUCUGGGUUUUUUCAUUUAUUGAGUUGUCAUCUACUGUCUGAGAAUUUGAAGUUUGGACAUGGAAAUGUUUUCUUUCUUUUUUUGGUUCCAUAUUUAUAUUAGUUUGUAGCAGACAUGUGCUUUUCCGAUGUUAGUAUGGUUUGAGUUUUGGAUGAAGAGCACAUAACUGUAAUUUUAGUAUGGCAUUCGUAAUGUCAAGAUUCAGUCUUUGCUUUUA